AUGCAAGACCAAAAACGAAUCUACUUCCUAGGCUCAAACAUCAGCCACGCCGUCUCGAACUACAUGCACGAGGUCGCCGCAUCCAUCGGAUACACCAACUGGCGUCUCGAAGCAGUCGACACCACCGACCUCAGUGACUUCGCAGAAACAAAAUUAUGCGGUUCCGAGUUUGCUGGGACUGUGAUUACCAUGCCCCAUAAACUCGAUAUUAUUCCGUAUUUGGAUGGUGUCGAUGAGAUUGUUGACUUGAAAAGAAGGUUGAUUGGGACGAAUACGGAUUGGGUUGGAGUCAGGGACUGUCUUCUGCGGCUUGAUCACGAAUUCAGGGCAGGGGAUAGCGACACUACCAGCACCAAUGGCGAGACUAAAACCGGGUUCAUCGUGGGUGCUGGCGGUGCAUGUCGAGCUGCAAUAUAUGCUUUUACGAGGCAUCUAAACGUUACGAAAAUAUACAGCAUCAACCGUGACGCCAAAGAAGUCCAAACACUUUUGAGCGACAUAUCAGUCCGAUAUCAGAAGACUACGCCCCCGAUCCCCAUGCCGGAAAUAGUUCAUCUACAAACGCCAGAACAAGCACGCAAUCUCAAAGAUGAGCCAUACUAUGGAAUAGGCACUGUACCAGAUGACCCACCUACAACCGAAGCAGAGAUCGUGGCGCGCGACACGUUGCGUGCUCUGCUUGACCACAAGGACGAAAAGAAAGGGGUGUUUCUCGAUAUGUGCUACAAACCGCGUGAAACUAAGAAUUUGAAGGCGGCCAAGAAGUGUGGAUGGGUGACUGGGGAAGGCGUAGAUGUUGUUAGUUUUCAGUUGAAUGAGCAGUGGAGGCUUUGGGCCGGGAAGGAGGCGAGUGAAAGGAUUCCGUUGGAGAGAAUGGUGACACGGGCUCGUGAGAUUGCGGACGGAUUCAUUUAA